GCUCGUCGCAGCACCCAGUGGACGACUUCUUCCACUUUCCAGCAAGGACAAGGAAGAAGCAACAGCAACAAGAGAAGCUACAGCACCCCCGGUGGCUCUCCCCCGCCUAGGGACACCAACAAGAUCAGCUUUUGGCCUUUUGUGGCUUUGAUUGCCUUGACGUCCGGAGGGUAUAUGUUGUUGGUUAAUCGGAGGAAAGACAUGCCUCCCAACCCCACCUCCUCCUCAGCCGCGGCUGCUCCUGCUCCCGCCCCCUCCUCCUCAACAACUACAACCCCUGCCUUCUCCCCCUCCGACGUAACCGUCAUCUUCGUCCUCGGCGGCCCCGGCGCCGGCAAGGGCACCCAAUGCGCCCGUCUAGUCCGCGACUACGGCUUCACCCACCUCUCGGCCGGCGACUUGCUCCGCGCCGAACAAGACCGUCCCGGCUCGCAAUACGGCCAAUUAAUCCGCGACUGCAUCAAGAACGGCGCCAUCGUCCCCAUGGAAGUCACCGUCGCUUUGCUCGAAAACGCCAUGCGCGACACUCUUACCUCCUCCAAAACUGGUGGUAAAGGUCGGUUCCUGAUUGAUGGGUUCCCCCGCAAGAUGGACCAAGCGUUCAAGUUCGAAGAGGUCGUUUGCCCUGCGAAAAUGGUGUUGUUCUAUGAUUGCCCGGAGCAGGAGAUGGAGAAGAGGUUGUUGGAGCGCGGCAAGACGAGUGGGCGUGAAGAUGAUAAUGCCGAGAGUAUCAGGAAGCGGUUCAGGACGUUUGUGGAGACGAGUAUGCCGGUUGUGGAUCACUAUGAGAGGGAAGGAAAGGUGGUCAAGGUGGAUUCGACGCCGGGGCCGGAUAAGGUGUAUGAGGAGACGAGAAAGCAGUUGAGGAGGGUGUUUGGGGAUAAGUUUUAGAGGGGGUUGACUUGACUUACUCCGGGGAUGAGAUGGGAGUGGUUGACGGGGGGUUAAGGUAACUUGGUUUCUACUAUUUCUGAGAUGGGGUUGGCCGUUCCAUGAAAUAAAAACUUUUAAAUACUACACUACUACAGAUUUAUUAGAAAGGGAACGGAGCGAUGGAGUCGCGAAGACGGUCGGUGGAUGGAUGGGAUGGUUUUACCUGUUUGGAAAUUGAACUUGCUCUGUCUUUUUCCAAAUAUCGAGAUGGCAUGGUAUUGCGUUUAUACUAUUCAUCGUUGGGAAGCCUGAGCAUCAUGAUUUCAUUGUUUCCACUGCUGGUGGCCAUAGACGUUGUCUCAAAAAGCAUUGCUAUUAC